AUGCUGCGUCGUAUAGAAUACAGUUACGCACUUCCCAUAGAUCUUCCCAUGGGAGAGAACGAAGACGUGAAGGAUCGUUUGGCAUUGGCGGGAAAGGUCCUGAAACUCCCGGUACCUUCGAUUUUCUGUGCAGAUCAUUUGGAUCGGCGAAUCUAUAACGAAACAUCAACAUUGCCAUCUGACAGUCGAAUCGCGGAUGUUUAUUGA